GGGAGCCCGCGGUCGCUCAGCUCCCAGGGCUCCCACCUGGGUCCCGCAGGAGCCCGCGCGGAAACUGACAGACGCCCGAGGGCGCAAAAAGUGGCCGCUGACGAGAAGAGGAACAAAAUGCCAUAUUGGAGAAGGUAUCAGAUUUUGGAAGUGUCUGUAAUGACAGCCAGGAAAGCAAAUUAAUGGCCAACGGCCCACUGGGUUUGAACACGAAACUCCUGUUACCUACUCACAGAUCAACUACACAGCACACACGCACACGGAGGUGCUCCACGUGGAACCGCUCUGAAACCAAAACACACGCCCGUCCCUAUUCUGCACCUCGCAGCCCUCGGGUUAGGAUUCAUGAAUGACCGCCUGCCGGCUCGGCGGAGCAGGGGAGAGGCGCAGGGGGCGCGCGGAGAAGCCCGUCUCCAAACAGCACCCUUCCACACACGCGCUUGCCAAAGCCCAAACCCCAGCAGCCUUCAAGAGAAGGGAAAGGGAGGUGGUCGUGAGGGGAGGCGCUGCCACUCCAACCGGAGAAGAAGCGACAAAAAUUAAACUGCGCUCUGCUCCGGUUUCCCCAGCGCUCUGCCACGGGCCUCGGUCCGCGAAUUCCCUGCCAGCUCCAGGCCGUUCCGAAUAAUGUAUCCACAAAAAGAAAUAUCUUUAAAGUACUGCUAAACGAAAGUGCUCGCUGCUGCGUGGCGCAAAAUAAAACAAGCACACGCACGGUCUGCUUUCCAGCCCCGCGUAACGACGCCGAAGCAGCGGGCCGUUUCCGUGCCACUGCACCCCCGACCCAGCAGGCUUGGGACGAGAGAAACCUGCUCUCCUAGCCAGGUCCCUUGGUUCGGAGAAGUUAUAAUCCCUCCAUGGCAUCCGCGACCCGAGCCAAUGAACGCGACUGCUCUGACACGGCGCCUCUGAUUUCACGGACCCUGGCGCGCUGCGGGAGACACCCGGGCCACGCUACACGAAGCUAUGGAAGCGGGACGGCCGCCGUUCAAAGCCCGGCGCGGGCCGCGGGAUGAGAGCACCGGCAUGCACCCAGCACCACGAAAGCCCAGGCGCCGGGCCUCCAUGGGACCCGGUCAGCAUCCUCGCGCCUGGCUGAUCGAGGGAGUCAUCGCAAAGUAAUAAAUGUCACAGGGGGAUGGAGGGGAGGCCCUGGGGCUCGCGCCGCGGAGAGGCGGGGGCGGAGUGCCGAAGCGGAGCUGCGCACCGGGUUCGGCGCGGGCUCCACCGCGGCCCCCCGAGGGGCACGCAGGCUCCGCGGGGACCCUCAGGGCCGGGGGCGUCCUGCAGGGCAGAGCGCACGGCUGCAGUCCCAGAUGCCGGGCCCUCGGGCGGGCGGCAUACCGCCUCGGGGCGCCCGCAGGGAGUCGGCGCUCCCACACCGUCCCGCCGCGCGUCCUCGGUCCCCCGCGCUCGGCGCCCCGGCGGACCCGCGCACGCUUUCCCGGGCGAGGGUGCGGGCUCCCUCCAAGCCGCGGCCCCGCGGGCCCCGGGGCGGCGGUCCGAAGAAGGGCCACUCACCUCCUGCCGCCCGGACCGCCGCGGGAUCCCGAAGUUCAAGCGCCCGUCCCAGCCGCGGAUCCGCGCGUCGGUAUUCAGAUAUUUAUUCUCGUUCCUUCCAGUGUCGAAGUUUCCCCUUCGCGCUGUGCCUCUGGUGAAAACAGGACAUCCCCUUCGGCCACCCCCCAACAAAUAGCGUACACAAGUGGGGGAGAAACGGGGCGGGGGAGAAGCCGGCUCCGAGGGGGAGGAGGAAAGGCGAGGAGCCAAAACUCCGGGCUGACGACAGGAAAAACCAGGAGGAAAGAAAAGGCGAGCGCGCCCAGCCGCCGCCGCCGGCCCUGCGCAGCCUUCCCCAAAGCUCUGUCCCCUCCGCCAGGGGAGCGACAACUUCACGUGGCCGCCCCGAAGUUUUGCGCGGAGGCCGGGAGCGCCGGGCGUGCGCCCCGCGGCGGCGACCUCGCCCUGCGCGCCGGGGGGGCGGGGGACGCCGCCGGCGCCCGAGGCCACUGGGGGCGGCCGGGGACCUCGGGGCAGGCGGCGGGGGGCGGCGGCGCGCAGGGGACCGGCUCCUUUUUAUUCGACCUUGGGGGGCUGCCUCUUGUCAUCGUUUGCGGUCCCGCGUGGGGACCGCUCGGGGCCCCGGGUGUCCCCGGUGGCGCCGCGGUAAUCUCCGCGCCCUCCGCGCCGCCCCCACCCCGCCCCCACCGGCCUGGCGCCGGCCGCUGCCACCUCCUGGCUGGGGGAGGGACCCGCGGCCGCACUCCCCUCCUCGGACCGGGGAACCGCUGCGUGUCCCCACCUGCCUCUGCGGGACAACCCCCAAGUGGUCUCUAA